UGAACGAUGAAGAAAGGAAUUGUUCUAUUUGUGUUAUUUUUAUUCAUAAUAUUUUGCAAAUCAAACGAGGUUCCUGAAAAAGAGAUAGAAAAUAGUACACAAAACAUAAAUUGGAGCGAAUUAGAUAAAACAGUAAAAUUUCUGAAUGAAGCAGAAAAGAAUUACAGAAAUUUGGCAAAAUCUGUGGUGAAAUUCGCUCUUCCAUAUUUAAUGAAACUUUCCGAAGAAACGAAUUUAUCAUCGUCAUGUGUUAGGAGUGGAGUCAUGUUUAUGAGAGAUUUAACCCAGUUGAAAGAAUGGCCGUUACAAAUGUUGGAUUCUAUCGGUAAAUUUCCCUCAGGAUUUUUACGAGGAACGUUGUGGAUACAAGGUGAUUACGAUCAAUGCCUUGACAUCGAAAUUAUACAAAAUAAACUCAUCAGAGGCAAAUUCUGUUCAGUUCUUAUGAAAGUGCCAAAGUUACGACAGGAGACAAUACAAAUAAUUUCUUCAUCCGACACCACAAUCGUUCAAUUAUUGAAGAAUCUCUCUAAACCUUUUUCUCUAUUUCAAACGCUAAGCGUGUUGGACGAUCUGCGUUUAGAUGUUUGUAUUCCAGAUUCCUGUAGUAAAAAUGACUUGGAAAAUAUUGGAAAUUGGUUAAUAAGAAAUUACAUACAAAUUGAAGUAGAAUUCUGUAAAACGAAAGAAGAGAAGAACGAAUAUUCAAUGCCUCAACUAAUUUGUUUAUCCGUGUUCGGCACUUUAAUAAUUUGCGUAAUCUUAGCAACAUCCGUUCAUACUUUGUUGAAAUUACAAAUAGUUAGCAAGAAAAGAGUGAACGAAAAACGUAUAAAUUUUUCAAGAAUAAUCAAUUACAUACCAAUAGAAAUUUCUUAUAUUUCGUUUGCAUUCAUUGAAAGUUUUUUCUUAAUCAGUGGAUUACUAACAUUUUACACACGAAAACAAAAAGCAAAGUCAAACAUGCAAUAUGUGCAAUUCAUAAUAAACAGAGCGAUCAGGUUAACACUACCAGUUCUUUGUGUUUUGGCCACGAUGAUUAUUUUACCUCUUUUGGGCGAUGGUCCACAUUGGGAAUAUGUUAAACGUGAGGCUGAAUUUGCAGAACAACAUUGGUGGGAAUUUGCAUUUCAUACUCACGUUUAUGUAAAUUAUCCACAUAAGGUUUUGUUUCACUUAUGGUUUAUUAGUGAUUUGUUGCAAUUAACGAUUAUCACAGCACCAUUGUUAUUCGUGUAUGACAGAUGGCCAAAACAUGGGAAAUUUGUAAUAUUUAUGUUACUUAUGGUUGGCAUUACCUCACACGUGACUUACAUGGUGAUGACAGACAGCUUCCUUUUCAUUGGAUACUCUUUUGACAGGGAAAAAGUGUAUACUUAUAUGUUUAAUAAUCAUUCAAGACCGUAUUACUCGCACCUCACUUCUUACUGCACGGGUUUAUUAAUUGGAAAUUUUCUGGCAAACAAAAUGGAGAUAAAAUUCAAAAAAAUUUACCGUGUAAUCUUCUGGAUAAUUUCCUUGUCUUUAUUGAUGUAUUCUACUUUUGGAUUGCACAAACAGAUAACUGAAAUGUCUCCAAACAAAACUCUUGUUUUUAUUCACAGAGCUUCGUCACCGUUUAUGUGGAUAAUUGGACUUUCUUGGAUGUGUGUAGCUUGUAUAACUGGAUAUGGAGGAGUUGUUAACAGAUUUCUGUCUAUGAAAGUCUUUACCAUUUUAGAUCGUUUGAACGUAUGGAUUUACCUGCUUCAUCAUCUAAUUAUGUUUUAUAUUUUCGCUCAGCUUAGAAAGGCAGCAACCUUUACUAUGAUAAAUAUGCACGGAUGUCAAAGUGAUAAAUUCAGGUAA